ACAAGAGGAAUCUUGAUUUUGGCAUGUUCAAUCUUUACAUGGAUCUUCCUUCACAGAUGGAGCCAAAGAACCAACAAAGGCCCGAAAACAUGGCCGCUCGUUGGAGCCGCUAUUGAGCAGCUAAUGAACUACGACCGAAUGCACGACUGGCUUGUCAACUACCUAAGCAAGUCGAGCACCGUUGUGGUUCCAAUGCCCUUCACCACUUAUACUUACAUAGCCGAUCCAGCUAACGUAGAACAUGUUCUUAAAACCAACUUUGCUAACUAUCCAAAGGGUGACGUGUAUCAUUCGUAUAUGGAGGUGUUGCUUGGAGAUGGCAUCUUUAAUUCAGAUGGUGAGAACUGGAGGAAACAAAGAAAGACGUCAAGCUUUGAGUUUGCAUCUAAGAACUUACGAGACUUUAGCACAGUGGUUUUCAGAGAGUAUAGCCUCAAGCUCUCUUCUAUUCUAAGCCAAGCAGCUUUUCAUCACCAACAACUAGACAUUCAGGAACUAUUGAUGAGGAUGACUUUGGACUCUAUAUGUAAGGUGGGAUUUGGAGUAGAGAUAGGGACAUUGGCUCCCAACUUACCCCAUAAUCGGUUUGCCAAAGCGUUUGAUGCUGCAAACAUUAUAGUCACUCUUCGGUUCAUUGAUCCGCUAUGGAGAGUAAAGAAGUUCCUAAGGGUGGGUUCCGAAGCUGUUCUUGAUCAAAGCAUCAAGAUGAUUGAUGAUUUUACGUAUUCGGUCAUCCGUAGAAGAAAGGCAGAGAUAGAAGAAGCUCAAGAGGUUUUAAACAAUGAUAAAAUGAAGCAUGAUAUAUUAUCACGAUUUAUCGAGUUAGAAAAAGACCCUGAAAACAACAUCAAUGACAAAAGUCUAAGAGAUGUUGUAUUGAACUUUGUGAUUGCGGGACGAGACACCACAGCGACGACCCUUUCUUGGGCUAUUUACAUGAUCAUGGUUCACGAUCAUGUUGCAGAGAAGCUGUAUGCAGAGCUCAAAGCUUUUGAGCAAGAUCGUGCAGAAGAAGAGAACGUAACUUUGAAACAUUGCGAAACAGAAGAUCUUGAAUCUUUCGACCUGAGAACAAAACAAUUUGCUCAACUUAUGAGUUACGAUUCGUUGGGCAAAUUGUAUUAUUUGCAUGCUGUCAUCACAGAAACUCUUCGGUUGUAUCCUGCUGUACCUCAGGACCCAAAAGGAAUCUUGAAUGAUGAUAUUUUGCCUGAUGGAACGAAAGUAAAAGCAGGAGGUAUGGUGACAUAUGUACCUUACUCAAUGGGACGAAUGGAGUACAACUGGGGUCCUGAUGCAAAUGAAUUUAAGCCCGAAAGAUGGAUAAAAGAUGGUCUCUUCCAAAACGCAUCUCCAUUCAAGUUCACUGCAUUCCAGGCUGGACCAAGAAUAUGCCUUGGCAAAGACUCAGCAUAUCUGCAAAUGAAGAUGGCUCUCGCCAUUUUGUGUCGAUUUUUCAAGUUCGAAUUGGUGGAAGGGCAUGUGGUGAAGUACAGAAUGAUGACAAUUCUGUCGAUGGCAAACGGAUUAAAGAUUACAGUUUCAACGCGUUCGUAA